GUCAACGGGGAGAGAGAGAGCAGAGGGGAGGAGUGACGGAGCCGGGAAGGAGGGACUUGGGCUGCCUGAAAAGCUGCUCCGGCGCCCCGAAAGCCCUCGCUGAGAGAGAAAGAGAGAGAAAGGGAGGGACUCCGGGAGAGAGAGAGGCAGGAGAGAGAGAGAGAGAGCGCGCUCCGGAGCCGGGCCAGUUCUGUGGGUCUGGCGCCUCCUGACAGACACUCAGUGAGUGGCGAGAGAAGAGGAAGAGCAAGCCAGGCGCGCAGAGAAGAGUGCCCUCUCCUUUCCCUCCUUCCUUCUUUCAGUGUCGAGAGAAGAGAAAGAGCCAGACACGCAGAGAAGAGUGUCCUCUCCUUUCUUUCUGGGGAAAAAAAAAAAGACAAGGCCAACCGGGACGAAGGAAAGGACUCACGCCUCUUCCCUGGGAUCGGCUGUUCGUCCAAACCUUGAUUGAUCCCCUCGGCUGCGGAGAGGGCGCCUCGCCUCGCCGUUUGGAUUUCUUUCCAAGUGGGAAAGGGACGCACACAUAGAGACACAAAGUCUUUUCUUCCCUUCGCGCCUCAGAGCUGCUGUUGCUGAGGGAGCUUCAGGAAAGAGCGUCUCCUUCUUCAGGUGGAGAAGGGAGUCAGCCCUAACUUCGUACACACACAGAGAGAGAGCUUUUCCUUAUUCAGGUGGAGAGAGGAGUCAGUCAGACCUAACUUCGUAGAGACUUAGAGAGAAAGAGGCGACGGGACCCCAGACCUUGCCGAAGAGGGGAACGAAAAUGCGCCGAAACUUUGGGGGCAAACUUUUCCCUCGUUUUUAACCCACCCGCAGAGAGAUCUUUGCCAUUUUCCUCGCUCUCUCCGGCUUUUGGAGCGGGAAGGAAAAGGAAGGCAGGUUGUUUCAAACCCCGGAGACCCAGGAGUGGCUUGGAGGGCGAAGGAGGCGUGGAGGGAGGCACGAAGCGAGGCCGAGAGCCGCGUCCUCGGCGCCUGGGGAGCCGCCGGGCUUAUGGACGGGUGAAACCAGAGCCUCCAUUCUGCUCUCCUCAGCCGAAGGAAGGAAGGAGGAAGGAGAAGAAGACCGCGGGGACGAGCCGCCAGGACUGUGCUGCCAGCCACGCUCCAAGAACCAUGAACUUUCUGCUCACUUGGAUCCAGUGGGGCUUGGCGGCGCUGCUCUAUCUCAACAACGCUGAGCUAUCACAGGCUGCUCCUGCCCAAGGGAAUGGGGAGAAGCAACACAGUGAAGUUAUCUCAUUUUUCGUGGUCUACAAUCUCAGUGCCUGCAGGCCGCUUGAAACCAUGGUGGACAUAUUCCAGGAGUAUCCUGAUGAGGUGGAAUUCAUCUUCAAGCCAUCUUGUGUACCCCUGAAGAGAUGUGCAGGGUGCUGUAACGAUGAGGCAUUGGAGUGUGUACCCACAGCAGUACACAAUGUCACUAUGGAGAUAAUGAGAAUUAAGCCCUUUCAGGGCCAGCGCAUAAACCAGAUGAGCUUCCAAGAGCACAGUAACUGUGAAUGCAGACCAAAGAAAGAAGUCAGAACUAGACAAGAAAAAAAAUCAAAGCGAGGAAAGGGGAAGGGUCAAAAGAGAAAGCGCAGGAGAGGCCGGUAUAAACCACCAAACCUUCACUGUGAACCUUGCUCAGAAAGGAGAAAGCACUUGUACAAACAAGAUCCCCAGACCUGUAAAUGUUCCUGCAAAUUCACAGACUCACGUUGCAAGUCGAGGCAGCUUGAGUUAAACGAGCGCACUUGCAGAUGUGAAAAGCCACGACGGUGAGCAGCAGAGAAGAAAGGGGAAGGGUGGGGUGGGGAACAGCCUUGGAUCUGGAGCCUGAUUAUCUCGCCUGGUCAAGAAACACUAAUCCAAAUGAACACUAAAAUGAAGGAUCAGUUGAGCACAGCACUUUUUUGAGUACGGACGAUGGACUCCGGAAGGAACAUUCCCCGAGGACCCGCACAGAAUUCACCUUUUGGAUUUGGACUGGUUUUAUUGAGAAACUUUCCUUGUCAUGCUGCUAAAUAGAGGAGCCAGGGAGAAUGGAGUGGUGUAUAUUUUGGGGACUCCCAUUUCACAUGAAUAAUAUAUAAAAUGUAUAUGUGUAUAUAUAUGUAUGCAUAUGUAUACAUAUACAUAUAUAUACAUAUCUUCUGAGUUUUAGAAACAUUGCUAACAUUGGUAUCUUCACUGGAUAUAUUCAACUGCUGUGGACACAAGUGGGCUACUUGGGGCAUAAGAAACUCUGACUGGGCCUUAGUUAUUGCCCAGUUUUAACUUUCAUACUCUUGCUGACUGUCUAAAGCAAAACUAGUCUGCUGCCCUCAAUUUGUUCUCUUCAAUGUGGUGAGAGAUAUUUGUACAAGAGAGGAAGAGGCAGGGGACUCCAAAGAUGGCACCGUGGAAUUUUAUGGGUCAAAAGGUCAAAAAGAAAAAGGACUCUCGCUUUGGGACUGAGGAAUGCGGUCAACUCUCUCCUCCCCUGGCUCACAACCUGCCUGCUUUGCUGGGACAUUGGUGUGCAUUUUUAUAUUCACCCGCAAUGGAAACUUUGUCAUGGAUCUACAUUCUGGCCUUAACGAUGGUGAACCUGCUCAUGCAAGGACUCUAGGAGGCAUCACUGGAAUCUGCAAUCUUCCUCCCUGUUGGCUACUUAAGUAAAGGAGAUAACAUAUAUUUAUAUAUAGCUAGCAGAACACGGAAGCAAGAAUGGGGACUGAUCUAUUACCAGGCAGUUGAACAGGACUAUCUGCCAUGAUUAUGCACAGAGCUGCCACUGAAGACGCUUAUGGAACAUCUCCGGAAAGGGAUAUUAAUCUAAAGUAUAUAUGUACAAUAGGCAAGGAUGUGUGAGUGAGUGUACAUUGGGUUGGUAUUUGCAUGCACCCGUACAGGCAUUUAGGGUCCUAAUGAAUUCAAAAUUGGGUAGGGAAAUUUGGAAACCUGUGAACAGUGUCCAGUGAAAGGCUACUUCUAGUGCUGUGAAUUUAUGAAGAUUUUCAACCUGUUGUGACAUGACUGUCCAGGCAUUAUAUGCUGUGCUGCAAUUACUACAUAGGUCUUUUUUUUAAAAAAAAAUGCACACUUCCACUGGUGUAUUGGAAUGAUGAGUGGGGUGAAGUCAUCUCAUUACUGCUUUUUAAAAGAAUGCCACCUAUCUUAACAUAUGCUGCCUUCUUUAUCUGAAUAUAUCUUCAGUUGCAACAGAAGCUUAUUUAACAGGACACUAGCCCGAUCCAAAUGUUAAUUCUUGUGAACUGGAGAAAUGUUGGGUCAUGUUUUUAGUUCCACCUCUCAAAAGAGGUCACAAAUGCACAAGGAGCCUUCCUGAAUACAGGUGGGAGCCCUCCGCUUAAGAGGUGAUGACUGAAUCCUGUGACAGUUGGCUUGGGGAGAACAGCAUGAAGCUAAAGGUGUAGCCCAUUACAUCUUUCACUGUGCUUAAUUCAUAUGAGUAAUGUGUGGACAGGGCUACUGUAAAGCAUAGAGAGACCAACAAUCCAUGUUUUGCAAUCUCUUAAUAUUAUUUUCCAUGUAAACCUCUCACAAAUAAUGUAAUCACAUUGUUUUCUGGAUGUUAAUGCUCUCCUGGACAAGGACUCUUUUUUAGUAAUGUGCAUCUUUAGAUAAUGUAAAAGGAUGCCAAAUUCCUCCAUGUAUUUCAUCUGAAACUUUAGGCCUUAGGUCAACAUUCCCAACUGUGUGUGCCUUCCAGAUAUGUUCCACCUCAACCUGCCAUCAUGAUGGGGCAGGUGUCUGUGAUGAGGGCAGAGCAUUUGGUGGAAGGCAACCACAGAGGCACCCAUAAGAGUUUUCUGACAUGCUGAAUGAGUGAUCUAUAUAAGUCUAGUGUCAGUAUGACUAAUCCCAUUGAUCUUGAGAGAGCUGCUUUUGCACUAGAAACCCAUGCAUCUGCAGAGCCUGGUUAGGGUUGCUAGAGCCCCACAGUGGCUGCUAUUUUAGGGCUCUUUAGGUCUUUGCAGCAUUGCCCAACUUCUUUUUAGAAUGAAGUACUGUUAAUUUUUAGAUGAAUUAUAGGUGUGUUGGUGCUGCUGUGUUAAUGUCAGGCCCACUUUGAAGCCACUAUAAAACUGCAAGAUGCACCUUUGACUCCUUUUGGUUACACACAAUUUUCCUCCCUCUAAAUUGACCCUGAUCAGAUAAUCUGUUUUUGGACCCCUUUGAAUUUGUCCAGUUGACAAGAACCCACUUGAAUAGGCUCAGAUUUUGAUCAAGGGAUACAGAAAUGCUUACGUUGGAUGAGGCUAUAACACUCAGUGCCUUUCAGCAAAAAAACACUUGAAACAAGCAACCCAAAGCACUAGGCAUCUGGGAAACAUUCUGCUCUGGAAAGGAAAUGCAGGCUACAAGUUUAAAGACAACAUGGUACUUGAAAUACUUUAAGCUUGCUGACUUCCCCCAGGAUUUUUGUUGUCCUUGUCUGGCUUUACUGACAAGCUCAGGACAAUAGUGGGGCCAUAUUGAUUGCUUUGGCAAGUUUAUAGUAUCAGGAGCCAUAGGUACAAUCCACUGGAAACACUUUGGCAGUUCUGGCUAAUAGGAAUUGAGCUGCUGUAGUACUCUGACCUUGCAAGAGUAGCAAUGAUUCCAUCUUCCUGUGGAUUGUACCCAGCACCUGUGAUGCUCCUGCAGGCUGGUUCUGAAAGGCUAUAAGUAGAAAACAAGGGUGCAGAUAUUACUAGGCUUAGAAACAGCUUUUCUGCUCCCCCCCCCCCCCCAAUCCUAAAUAAUUUCUGUAUCAUUUGCUAGCAUCCAGUAUAUAGGUGUAUGCACCUAUGCACUACUGGGUGCUUGGAUCUGUGGCUUGUCUAGUGACUUAAGAGAUCAUCAGCAAGGUCAGGUUUCACAAUCUUGGUUGCCUGCGUAUAUUUAAUGAUGGUAUGUAGGGAUGGAAUCUGAGAUAUCAGUUCUCCUGAAAUGUAGUAUAGAAAAAUCCUGGAUCCCCUCCCAUUCCUCAAGAGAUUUGGCAUUCUUGAAACUGAUAGUUGGUCAUCUGGUUGAUACUGCAAACACACAUCCUAAUCCAUUGUUGUGGAUUGUGUUGAGUGUUGGAUGCAGCAUGUAGGACAGUGUACUCAGCUCUCCUUUUCCCAGUGUGGGAAAAUUCUCAGCAUCAGAUAUAAUAUUCUCAGCAUCAGGUAAUAGGUGGUUUAUGUCAAAAUGCUGCCAAAUACUCUUGUGGACAAACAAAAAGCUGGCCUAAAAUCAACUUGUGACAAGUGUGAUGAUUAACCACUAUGGAAUCUCCUUCCAGCCAAAAGCCAAUGUGGUGUGGAUUUUGUAUGAGUGUGUCUGUGCGUCUGAAUGUGCGUAGUGUGUGCGCGCAUAACUGAAAUGUAGAUAUCCAUACUGUGCGAGGUGACAAACAUUGUUCUAUAUACUUGUUUAAUAUCCCUUUUUAAAAAAUAGAAAUUAAAAAUAAUUUAAACUAGGUAUUUUUCAGUAUUCUUUAAUAUUUAAUUUUACUAUUUAUAAAGCGUACCUCUUUUUUUGUACUGUUAUGUAUAAAAUUUUAACUCUUUUGUUCCAUUCAGUCUUUCACAAAUUGUUGGCAGAGUCAGUAGCAUGAUCAGUUAUUUAAUUAAUAUCUCUAACACCUAUCCCUACACAUUCCUUUUGAGUCAAGGAUUAUACAUCUACAUAUUAUAUAUAUAUUUGGUUAUAUGUAUGUGUGUGUGUAUAUAUAUAUAUAUAUAUGUUUAUGUAUAUGUGUGAUUCAGAUUAAAUAGACACUACGAUUUUUAUAUAUGUAAACUUCUCCCCAUCCCAGAAAUAUAGAAAAUUUUACGAUCAUUUUAUUUAUUGGUGCUACUGUUUAUCUGUAAUGUGGCAAGAAAAGAAUUCACUAGCCACACUGGCUAAUCAAGAUUCCAUAUGAAAUAUUUAUUUUUAGACAAAAAUAACAAAUAUAUCUUUAAAAAAACCAUCACUUAUGGCUUUUUUUGUAAUAAAGAAUUUAAUUCUCA